CGCUGUCAUUUCAAAACGUCACUUUUCGGCAUCUCGAUUUGUUUUCUUGUAAAUUACACACGUGCGGAGAACGCGGCUAACAAUUUUCCGACUUUUUCGCUGUAAUUUCGCACAGACCUUCCCACAAUGACUGAAACCGAGACGAAGGUGGCCGCCGCCGAGGAGCCCACAAAGACCACAGAGGAAGAGGCACCGGAAAGCACGGACGAAGCAACGACGACCCCGGCAAAUGUGUCCAAGUUGGAGGGAUCCAUCAUUCGCCAGCUGGAGUACUACUUCGGCGAUGCCAACCUAGCCCGGGACAAGUUCCUGCUUGAGCAGAUCUCCAAGGAGGAAGGCUGGGUUCCGCUGGACGUGCUGCUUACCUUCAAGCGGCUCAAGUCACUGAGCGAGGACAAGAAGGUGAUUGUCGAUGCCAUCGAAAAGUCCGACGAGGGACUGAUCGAGAUUAGCGAGGACCGCGAAAAGCUGCGUCGCCACCCGGAACGUCCCGUGCCGGAGCUGAACGAGGAGAAGCGCAAGGAGAUCUACGCGCGCACCGUCUACGUCAAGGGAUUCGCCCCGGAAGACGGCACCCAAAUGAACGAGCUGCUCGAGUUCUUCGAACCGUACGAGAAGGUGUCCAACAUUGUGAUGCGAAAGUACCACGACAAGGCCACCAAGAAGUACCUGUUCAAGGGCAGCGUGUUCGUGACGUUCGCCAACAAGGAACAAGCCGCGGAGUUCCUCAAGAAGGAGAAACUCACCUACAAAGAGAAGGAGCUGAUCUGCAAGAGCCAGGACGAUUACUUCGAGCAGAAGAAGGCCGAACGCAAGAAGAAGGACAAAAAGAAGGAGGAGGAAAAGUUCGACAUCGGUCACCUGCCAAAGGUCGCCUGCGUCCAUCUGGACGGCUUCGGCAAGGAAACUAGCCGCGAAACCAUCAAGGAGACGAUUCUCAAGCUGGACGAGUCGCUGGAGGUCGCCUUCAUCGAUUACCAGAAAACGGACAGCAACGGCGUGGUGCGGUUCUCCACCGAAGGCAACGGCAAGAAGUUUGUCGAGAAGCUGACCGACAACAAGAUCACAAUCGACGACGAAGAAAUCACCGCCCGGCUGCUCGAAGGGGACGAAGAGACGGAAUUCCUGCGCAAGGUCGUCAAGGACCAGGCGGCGCGGCGAGCGGCCCAGGGCGGACGCAACAAGGGACGCUUCCAGAAGGGAGGCCACCGGAAUCACAAGAAUGGCGGUGGCGGCCACGGUGGCAAGAAGCGAAAGACCGAAGACGAGAGUUCGGCCGAACCGGCCACCAAGAAGGUGACGACGGAGGCGAAGGCCGAUGCGUAGAUUCGAUUUUCUCUUUUAGCUUGAUAAGGUCAGGUUUUUUUUCCUUUCGUCGAUAAGAUUUUACGUUCGUACACUUGAAUUGUUUGAACUUGAGGGGCAGUUUUUUCAAAGAGAGAUGCUUGAAAGACGAGCUCUGCGUUUGAUUUGAAGUAACUAUUUUCACUAAUCUUUCCAAAUAACGUAUUGUUAGGAAUAACCACAGAAAUACAAUAAUUAAUAUUGUAAACAUCAA